AUGUGGCAUGCAACAACUUUCAGUGCUGGCCGCCGGUUGCAACUGAACUUGACUCUUUAUGUGGCAGACAGCUGUAGCACUUUCACCAACGUCAGCGUGGAGUACAGCCCGGAGUUCUGCGGCAGCAUCAGGGGCAGGCUGACGCCGCAGGGCAACCUCAAUCUGGACAUCCAUUUGAACCGCACGCUGCGGCAGGGGCUGCGCACCGCCAUCACCCUGCAGCAGAGGGUGGGCGGUGGCUACCAGACGCUCUUCAGCUACGACUUGGACACCUGCCGCACCCUCGGGGAGCUGCUGCAGUCGAGCCUCAUGAAAGUGUGGCUCCGCAAUGUCUUCAGGUACGGCCACCUUCCCACCCGCUGUCCCAUCCAGCCCGCCCUCUACGAUCUGCGCGACUUCCGUCUGGAGAACUACAGCAUUCCUGGCUAUCUGCGACCCGGACUCUUUCGCCUGAACGACACCAACUACUACCGCCGGCCCAGGGGCGGGCGGCGACGUCUGGUGGCCACUUUCACGCUGGACAUAAAGUUAUAUUAUAAUGGCAAGCCAGAUGUCCCCCCUUUCGGGCCCCUUUUUGGCUGCACUUUCGCUUCAAGGUCGGCCACAAGUCUUGAACUAAUUGCAUAAUAAAUUCCAGCAAAUU